UUCACUGACUGCUGUUGCUCAGCUUCACGCGCGCACGCACCGACCAGGACAGUCGCCUCAGACUUGAUUAACUACAGGAAUUUGCUAACUUUAUUUCCAUUGGUGCCUCCUCUGACGGUUACUAUUUUAAUUUAUUUUCAUCAUGAAGGAGAGAAGACUCACGCAGCCUUUCGUAGCGAGGUGUAAACUGGUGCUGGUUGGGGACGUCCAAUGCGGUAAAACAGCGAUGUUGCAAGUCUUGGUGAAGGAUUGCUAUCCAGAGACGUAUGUCCCUACUGUGUUUGAGAACUACACAGCAUGUCUGGAGCUUGAAGACCAGCGUGUUGAGCUCAGCCUUUGGGACACAUCAGGUUCUCCAUAUUAUGACAACGUCAGGCCUCUCUGCUACAGUGACUCAGAUGCAGUGCUGUUAUGCUUUGACAUCAGUCGACCAGACACAGUAGAUGGUGCCCUGAAGAAGUGGAAAGCAGAGAUUCAGGACUUUUGCCCCAGCACUCGAAUCCUACUUAUAGGCUGCAAGACAGACCUGCGCACAGACGUAUGCACUCGCAUGGAGUUGUCCAAUCAGAAACAGGCCCCUAUCUCCCAUGAACAGGGUUCAUCCUUGGCCAAGCAGCUUGGAGCUGAGGCUUACUUGGAGUGUUCAGCUUUCACCUCAGAGAAGAGCAUCCACAGUGUUUUCCGUACUGCGGCUCUGGCUUGCAUGAACAAACUCCAGCCUGCCAAUAAACCCAGCCCAGUCCGCCGCUUCUCCAACAGACUGCUACACCUGCCCAGCAAGACGGAUCUCCUCUCCUCCACCUUCAGCAAGGACAAGUCCAAAAGCUGCUCCAUCAUGUGAAUAUGUUCAGACCAUGCUGGUUAAAAUGAAAGAAAGGACAAGUGAACUGUACUGUAACCGGUUCAGCAAGGGUGCAUGGUGUGCAAGGGAAAGAGAGCAAAGAUUUUCAUUAAGCCCCUCUUUCCUUUGCAGCAUCCUUCCUAAACUCCUGUCAGCCAUUUCCUAAAGGUUCCUCUUUACUCAUCUCUAAUGUGGAUGUUUUGAUCAUGACUAGCAUAGAGUUUCUGCUCAGAGAGAAAAUAUUUAAUGUAGAAUUUAAUGAUCCUACACAAGUAGAGCAUAACGUGCACUUUAAGGUGCAGACCCAGUUAAAGGUUGCUUUGAAUCAGCUUAAAUAAGGUCAGCACCUUCUCUUUUUUCCAUCGCAGCAGUAGUUGUAAACACUUCAUCUGACUGCAUUAAAGUGAUGAAACCCAUUUGAAGUCCUGAUAGUAGUGCCCGUUCCCAUCCAUCUCUCUGUCUGAGUGUCUGUUAAAGGUCACAGUUUGGGUCUGAGUGACGAGGUGAAAUGUAAAAUCUGACAGUGACGGGAAAUGGUAUCUACAGACAUGAGUCUUGGAGAAUUUAGAAAUGGCCCUUUGAAGAAAUUGUUCCCUAGCUGAGCCUUCGCAGUAUCUAAUUUGGAAAUUAAAGCUGACGGUGGAGAAAAGGUGGAGGGAAGGGAGGGAUUUGGCAAGCACAGUGUUCAUUUGCAAAGACGGUGGGAGGACCAACUGAGAGUCCAUCUGAAGGAGUGCAAUGUGACUCAGCAUUCACAUGAGCAACAAAGUCGACAAAGGUGGACAUGCUUUGUUAGACACUCUGAACAUGUCUUUGUAACAUCCCCUCCCAUCACCUUACCUAUCACCACACAAGUUUUAGUUCUUAGAUGUUAUUAACCAUAAGCCUUGAUUUUUAGUGGUGUUGCACAAAUAAAUCAUUCCAGUCUGCUUAAUUAAUACCAGUUUUUAUAUAUUUUCCAUAAAAAAUUAAUUAAUUCUUUUUUGGUCUUUUAUAGACAAAACAAUAUUUCUUUUUACAAAAGGCAAACUUGAUGCAUUUAUUUUAAUGCACCAAAAAGAGUCUCAGCAUCUUUUGUUUCUCCUUGUUUUUCAUGGACAUUUGAAGGGGGUAAGUCCUCUCUUUGGGGCUGACUGCUCCUGGUACUGGGCUAAAAGAGUAAUGCACACUAGUGAAAGGAUCAUUUAACAGUCAAAUCAAUAAUGGAGAACCAACUAUAUAAUCUUUUUAUUCUCUUUCUUUCCCAUCAAUAUCUGGGACAUAUAUUACCCAUAAUCAUGCUCCAUAAAACAUGGAGCUUUCUUGCUAUAGAGCAACAAUAAACAAAGAACCACCGUGCCAUCCUCUUCCAGCAUCCAUCUCUCCUUAAUCCUUUCCUGGUAAUGUUUGUAGCAGACACUGAUAUCCUGAAAGAUGCUCACAUGGGAUUUUCUACAGUAUCUUCCUAGUUAGCUUUUGUGUUGUGUAGCUCACUGGACAUGCACACUAAUAUAUUUUUUUUCAGAUUUUCUCAUAGACUUUCCAAUCAGGAAAGUAAAAUGCAAAUUUCUAAACGUGGGGGAGGCAAUGUGGAACCUCUGGGAAUUAAGAAUAGUUUCAUUGGUGUUUCUUUUAAAAUGAUCGUCUUUGAGCAAUUUGUUUUCUUAAAAUGUUCUAUUUAAACAUUGCAAAUAUGUUUAGGCACCUAACACUGUAAAUGCAUUCAUGCUGGUGCAAAGCAAAUAAGAAGUGAGCACCACAGAAAAAGCUUUAAAACUUGUCACCUGCAAACUUUAUUUAUAUUCUUUAAACCCAACCUUGUAUAUUCCAAGGAGAUGUUCCCCAUUAAGGUAAAAUGUAUUGUUACCAAUAACAGUAACCAUUAAUUUUUGCAUAAAUGCUGCUGAAAGGAUGCAAAAGGGGAAAGUUUAAUGGACUUACACAAACAGGCUGGUCCUGUGAGGUGGUGGGGUUGUUUUUUAAUAUAUAAGCCUUCUUUACAUGGAAAGCAGAAUACUUUCUGCUGGAUGUUUGUUAUUUGCUUGUGGCUGUAGUCAGUGUUUUUGUAGCUUUUGGAUGUUGUGUUCACUGAAGUCUUCUGGCAUUAGCGGCAGUAGACAGCUUGGCUAAUGGAGGACUUGUUGAUUUGUAGAUCUGUGCCGCAAAGCACAGCAAUGUGCAGAACAGUGGAAUUUAAUGUGUUGCCUAGCAACUGUGUGAGCUGGAGCAGUUCCUGUCUCUUUGACGGAGGGAAGGAUGGCUCUCAGAGAGGGCGCCUCACCUUGCCUUUGUAGCAUUAGACAGAGGCCAAUGCGAAAGUGACGGCUGGACAUACCAGAGAGCGAGGAACUAUUCAAGGUGUUUGUGUGGUUUGAAAGACCACACUCUGGUGGCAGCCAUGGGUUUAGUGUUAAAAGCAACAUGAAGUCUUAAAGGUGUCUGUAGCACUGCUACAGUCAGUAUUUCACCUCUCAGAGCUGUGUGGAGGAUCCUGCAAGUUGCAUUUUGUUCAAUGUACAGACAAUGUUUCAGUUUCUUUUGCUCCUUUUUGAAGAUUUGUUUUUGUACAUAUCCUCCCUCAUAAAACCCUUUACCAUGAAUCCCCUAAAAGAAUGUACCCAAAGCAAAACAACAUGCUUGUAUGAAAUUACUUAUUAUGGCUUAGGUUAUUGAGUAAAUUCUGUAUUUGUUACUGCCAAUUUUCUUUAAAAUCUUCACUUGAAUAAACAUGCCUGAAAUUGA